ACCGACAUCACCCGUUCCGGGUGACCCCGGUGCCCAACACCGUUAGUGCUCGAUGCUGCCCGUUCCGGGAUCCGUCUGUUCCCGGUGCAGCCAGUGCCCGUUCCUGCAGCUUGCCCUGUCGGUUCUCGGUACCGUCAGUGCCACCCGUGCCCGCUGCCGCCCGUUCCCGUGGCCGCCGGUGCUCGGCACCGUCAGGCUCGAUGUCCUCGUUCCCUACAAAUUCUUCUCGGACCCAUCGGGGAUCAACGAGAAGCGGAAGCAGCGGCGGAUCCGGACAACAUUCACCAGCUCCCAGCUGAAGGAGCUGGAGAGGGUCUUUGCCGAGACCCACUACCCUGACAUCUACACCCGCGAGGAGCUGGCCCUCAAGAUCGACCUCACCGAGGCCCGGGUGCAGGUGUGGUUCCAGAACCGUCGAGCCAAAUUCCGCAAGCAGGAGCGCGCGGCCAAUGCCAAAGGUGCCGGCGGCUCCGGCAGCACCGGCAAGAAGUCGGAGCCGCGCUCCUCCUCAGAAGACGACGAAUCCAAGGAAUCCAACUGCAGCCCGACUCCAGACAGCACGGCGUCCCUGCCCGCGGCUGCCAUCGGCAGGUUGGAGUGGGACAUCCAUGUUGGGGACAGGGACCCUCAGGGGGACAGGGAUGCCCAGGAGGAGACAGGAACUCUCACAGUGGGGAUGGGACCUUCAGGGUGGGGACAGGAUCCUUAA